GCGACGCUAGAAAUAUAUCUACGUCGGAAAAGAAAAUUUCAGCUCGGUUCAACCCAUGGUUAGUAGACAACACGGCAUGAAUGUGGCGUGGUCUGUUGCGAGCACGACCUCUCGUCACCGUCAUCAGUUCGAUAUACAUACCCAAAUCCUGUGGCGGUAGAAGUACACCGAGUAGACGUGGGGGUUUCGUAUCCGCGAGAAAUACCCCCAUGAGCUUCGAGAUUCUGUAUAAUUACUUCAAAAGCUCAAAGUAUGUACGUAGUACUUCUAGACAGCUCAGGAAACAUGUAAAAAACACACGUCGUUCGAAAUUCUCAAGAUAUCUGCUGAUUUCCUGAUAAUGACAGACCCAGUAACGUGAUAGGAACCGUACUGAUUCCAUGCCUGUACUAACAAUUUAGCCAGAAAGUAAGGAAUAAACUGAUGUAUUCGCCAUUUAAAGUACAGUCAAGCUAACGGUAAUAUCGCCACUAAGUAAUUACGAAAUAGAUCUGU